AUGGAAAGCCAGUACAAACAUUCCAUGUUCAAGCUCUCUGGCGAGGAUCUUCUUGUAGUGCCUAAUCAGUAUGUUUCAGAGCUCAGGAACAUGCCCGAUGAAAUUGUGAGCUUGAUUCAAGCCAUUAUAGAUAAUUAUGAGGGGCUCUACUCAACCCCCUCGAUAUUGCUCGAAGGCAACUUCCAUACCCGCACUAUACAGUCCCGUUUAACGCCUAGACUGCGUCAUCAUGUCCCAAUUCUACGCAACGCCAGCCAACCCCAACCACCUGGGAAGCUCUGCUCUAACGUACUCAAAGAUCAAUUUACGAAGGUCAAGGGUUUCGAUCUCGUACAUCGCUUAGUCUCGUCCAUUGCGGCUCGGCACUUUGUGGGUGCUCUGCUGUGCGAAGAUGAGGAAUGGCUUUCAACUGCACUCACCUACACUGAAAACACAUUCAUCACUAUUAUAUGUCUCCGAAUCUUCUCUGAUUCGAUCAAGCCUCUGGUAUCGCUCUUUAUCCCCCACGCAUACCUUGUUACUUGGGCACUUCGAAAAGCGAAAAGGAUCAUCGUCCCGUUGAUUCUAGAACGACGGAGCCGAGAGCAGUCAGACCCCAAUUAUACAAAACCUGAAGACUUUUUACAAUACAUGAUGGAUGUAGCGAACAAAUUCGAUAGCCAACCGGACAAGAUCGCUCAUCAGCUUCUGAUCUUAACCUUGGCGGCUGUACAUACUACUUAA